GGGGGCCGGAGGGCGGUAGAGGCGCCGGGGGCGAUGCCGCGGCCGGGGAAGAGCUCGUACAGCGACCAAAAGCCGCCCUACUCGUACAUCUCGCUGACCGCCAUGGCCAUCCAGCACUCCGCCGAGAAGAUGCUGCCGCUGAGCGACAUCUACAAGUUCAUCAUGGAGCGCUUCCCCUACUACCGCGAGCACACGCAGCGUUGGCAGAACAGCCUGCGCCACAACCUCUCCUUCAACGACUGCUUCAUCAAGAUCCCGCGGCGGCCGGACCAGCCCGGCAAGGGCAGCUUCUGGGCGCUGCAUCCCGACUGCGGCGACAUGUUCGAGAACGGCAGCUUCCUGCGGCGCCGAAAGCGCUUCAAGGUGCUGCGCGCCGAACACACUCACCUGCACGCGGGAAGCACCAAGGGCGCGCCGGGCGCCGGGCCCGGAGGGCACCUUCACCCGCACCACCACCACCACCACCACCACCACCACGCGGCCGCGCACCACCACCAUCACCACCACCCGCCCCAGCCGCCGCCCCCGCCGCCGCCGCCGCACAUGGUGCAUUACUUCCAUCAGCAGCCGCCUCCAGCCCCGCAGCCGCCGCCGCACCUCUCGUCGCAGCCCGCGCAGCAGCUGCCCCAGCAGUCGCAGCCCCAGCCGCCGUCCCACCCGGGCAAGAUGCAGGAGGCGGCGGCGGUGGCGGCGGCCGCGGCGGCCGCGGCGGCCGCGGCGGUGGGGAGCGUGGGGCGCCUGUCGCAGUUCCCGCCCUACGGGUUGGGCUCCGCCGCCGCGGCCGCCGCGGCCGCGGCCGCGUCCACGUCGGGCUUCAAGCACCCGUUCGCCAUCGAGAACAUCAUCAGCCGGGACUACAAGGGCGUGCUGCAGGCCGGCGGGCUGCCCUUGGCGUCGGUCAUGCACCACCUGGGGUACCCCGUGCCAGGUCAGCUCGGCAACGUCGUCAGCUCCGUGUGGCCGCACGUGGGCGUCAUGGAUUCGGUGGCCGCGGCCGCCGCCGCCGCCGCCGCCGCGGGGGUCCCCGUGGGCCCGGAGUACGGGGCCUUCGGGGUGCCGGUCAAGGCCCUGUGCCAUUCGGCAAGCCAGAGCCUGCCUGCCGUGCCGGUGCCCAUCAAGCCCACCCCCUCGCUGCCGCCGGUGGCCGCGCUGCCUCCGACGCUCACUGUCCCCGCGGCCGCGCAGCAGCCGCCGGCGCCGUCCACCGUGUGCCCCGCGGCUGCGGCCUCUCCCGCCGCCUCCCUGCUGGAGCCCACCGCCCCGAGUGCGGCAGAGAGCAAGGGCAGCUCCCUGCACUCGGUGCUGGUGCACUCCUAG